AUGGCUGGCGGAGGAAUCGUCUCUGGUGGGCAUCUCAAUCAAGCCGCCGAAAGGCGCAGGCAGAUGCAAGGCGCGUCGGGAUGGGCUGGUUUAGUCCAUAACAAACGCGUCUUUGCUAUUGCUGUCUUUGCGUCAUUGGGAGGAUUGCUCUAUGGUUAUAACCAGGGUGUCUUCUCUGGCGUCUUGGCCAUGAAGAACUUCAUCAACAAGAUGGGUGAUGCGGUGACAGAUGACGGAAAGAAGGGCUGGCUCGUAUCUAUCCUCGAGCUCGGUGCAUGGUUUGGUACUCUCUGCACUGGUUAUCUUGCCGAUAGGCUUUCGCGCAAGUUCGCCAUUCUCCUCGCCGUGGUGGUAUUCUGUGUUGGUGUGAUCGUGCAGACCGCGGCCCAGGGCCCCGACUCAAUCUAUGGCGGGAGGUUUGUGACUGGAAUGGGUGUAGGUUCAUUGAGCAUGUCAGUACCACUCUACAAUGCCGAGCUCGCCCCGCCCGAGGUGCGCGGCAGUCUCGUCGCGCUGCAACAGCUCGCAAUCACUGCUGGUAUCAUGGUCUCCUUCUGGAUCGACUACGGCACGAACUUCAUCGGCGGCACUGGCGACACUCAGAGCGAAGCUGCGUGGAGGCUGCCCUUGGCAUUGCAACUCGUCCCGGCCCUCAUUCUCGGUGUUGGCAUGAUGUUUGCACCGCACAGUCCGCGUUGGCUCGUCAACCAGGGACGUGACGAUGAGGCGCAGGUUGUGCUCAGCCGUGCGCGCCAACUCCCUAUUCAGGACGACCUCAUCCAAAUCGAGUAUCUUGAGAUCAAGGCCCAACAUCUGUUCGAACUUGAGGUCAACGCCCAGGCGUUCCCGCAAUACCAGGACGGAUCCUUCAAGUCUGGAUUCUUGCUCGGCUUCCAUGGAUACCUCAGUCUUCUUACCAAGAAGAGUCUUUUCUUCCGUGUCAUGGUCUCCUCCCUCACAAUGUUCUUCCAGCAGUGGACUGGAGUAAACGCCAUCUUAUACUACGCUCCCACGAUCUUCCAAGAACUCGGCCUUACUGGAAACACCACCUCUCUACUGGCUACUGGUGUAGUCGGUAUCGUUAUGCAUCUCGCGACUUACCCCGCAGUUAUCUGGGUUGACAAGCUUGGCCGCAAGCCCGUCCUCAUCUCGGGUGCCUUCCUCAUGGCAGCCUGCCAUCUCAUCGUAGCCAUCCUGACUGGCCUGUACCAUGACUCGUGGCCUGAGCAUGCCGCGGCUGGAUGGGGUGCCUGCGUACUUGUCUGGAUCUUCGCCAUCGCGUUUGGAUACAGUUGGGGUCCUUGCGCUUGGAUCAUCGUAGCCGAGAUCUGGCCGCUAAGCACUCGCGCCAAGGGCAUGUCGAUCGGUGCUUCGUCCAACUGGAUGAACAACUUCAUCGUCGGCCAAGUUACCCCUACGAUGCUGAAGAAAAUCGGUUUCGGCACCUUUGUCUUCUUCGGUGCCUUCUCCUUCCUCGGAGGUCUUUUCAUCUGGUUCUUCACGCCCGAGACAAAGGGCCUGACGCUCGAGGAGAUGGACGAAGUCUUUGGCGAUGAAGCUGGAAGCUCAGUGAAGGAGCUCGAACAUCAAGCCGAGAUCGCGCGUCGUAUCGGCUUGGAGGCGUACGCAAGCGGCCAUCCGCCGCCGAGCGAGAAGGCCACUGAUGACCUGGAGGAGAAGGUCUGA